AUGAGAAAUGGCAACCUCCUCAUCUUCCCCAAAGACAUCCCUUCCUUGAACUCUCUCCUCUCCACAUGGCCAGAGGGAGCUUUCGAUGGAUCACAGUUCACCUGCAGGCUGGCACGCAAACCUGACUUCACCCCCCGGAAAGAGCCCCUGACAAAACUCCUGGUCUUAAAAGGCAUCCACACAAACAUCUCAGAGGAACAGGUUAAGACAGAACUGGAACAACAAGGCAUCAACAUCACCAGAAUACACAGAACCAUAAGCAGAACCAACCAGCAGCCAAGCACCUUCAUCAAGAUCCACCUCACCAACCCUCAACAAGCAUGCAGAUCAACAAAGAAGAAGGUUUCCAAACCGAAGAAGGUCGGUCCCAGCGUCAGCAACAACAACAAGCUCCUUGUUAAAGCUGCUGUCACAUCCAAGGAGUAGGGCGGCGUGUCUUUGGCUGCCCUCAAGAAGGUUCUGGCUUUGGGAGGCUAUGAUUUUGAAAAGAACAAGGCUUGCGUCAAGACCGCCAUUGAAUCUUUGGUGGCAAAGUGGACUCUGGUCCAGACCAAAGGGACCAGGGCAUCCGGAUCCUUCAAGAUGAGCAAGAAGGCUGCUGCUGCUCCUAAAGCCAAGAAGGCCGCAGCAGCACUUAAGAAGCCAGCAGCUGCUUAGAAAUCUCCCAAGAAGGCCACCGAAAGCCCCAAGAAGACAGCUAAGACAACCAAGAAGGUGGCCAUAAAGCCGGUAGCCAAGAAAGCCCCAAGCCCAAAGAAGGCAGCACCCAAAAAGAAAUGUCGACUCUCAGCCGUCUGCCUCACCUCUAAAGGACACCCCGCUGGACUCCCGGCAUGCUUUUCGUGUGGUAAAGUGAUGAAGAAUAAGUCAAACACUUUGAAGUCAGGCUGAAGCUCACCAUCCACCUCCAGAUUCACACCGAGGAGUGCAUGCACCUGCGCAACAUCUGCGAGCAAACGCGCCUCCGUCAUAACCAACAGAGUGACUGCUGAGGAGAACCGACCGUCCGACACGCGUUUCACCGCUGCCGCAUCGGUCUGCACAGCUUCUGAUGCCGUUCCUGCCCCGAUCCACUGACCCCCCGCCCCCUUCUAUACCCCAGAAAGUUUCACUUAAGUCAUUUCCUAAGUUUAUGCAGAGCGGUCCUCCCUCCCUACCUCCUCCUUUACACCCUUCUCUCCUUCUUCACCUCCUCCUUUCCUUCUCUACGUCUUCUCUCGU